AUGGCCUUUCAAUUGCUCAGCGCUCUCUACCAGAUAGAUAACGAACCUCCGACGUUGCCUCCAAUCAACUUGCAGUCUCUAGGGACAUCCAGUCAGUUGAAGAAUGAAAUCCGAAAAGUGCCAAUUCCUCCACACCGCAGACGACCAUUGCAGGAAAACUGGGAACGUAUCAUAAACCCCAUCGUCAACCAGUUAAAAUUAGAUGUCAGGUAUAAUUUAAAAUCAAGGUGUGUGGAAAUAAGAAAUGGAGUACAAACCACUGAAAUUAGUGCACUGCAAAAAGCAGAAGACUUUGUAAGAGCAUUUUCAUUGGGGUUUGAGGUAAACGAUGCCAUGGCUUUGAUGCGACUAGAUGAUUUAUUUAUAGAAUCAUUCCAGGUCACCGAUGUGAAACCAUUAAAAGGGGAUCACUUAGCAAGAGCAAUUGGUAGAAUUGCCGGGAAAUUGGGUAAAACCAAAUUUUCUAUUGAAAAUGCGACGAAGACAAGAAUAGUCCUAUGUGACGAAAAAGUACACAUUUUGGGAGGUUAUAAAAAUGUUGAUAUAGCGAAAACAGCAAUUUGUAGACUAAUAUUGGGCAGUCCUCCGUCAAAGAUUUAUGGAACUAUGAAGGCUGUCGCUGCAAGAAAGAAUGAAAAAAAUUAAUAUUUUUUAUUUUGCGUGUACAUUUAUGUAUUAUAUAUUUAUUAUUAUUAUUAAUCUUUAUGAAUGUAUAUAUGCAACUGGUCAUCUGGGCUAGAGUUUUAUCAAUUGUGAUAUAUAUCUGACAAACUCUGUAGAUACUUAACAGUUCUGCUGUUUCGAGCUAUGAAGUUAUUUAGUUUUAAUAAAAUUACUAAAUAUCU